GAUUCUUGAUCGUUACGUUCCCCGCGAUACCAAGAACAAUACCAGUGCCUUUCCCCCUUUAAUAGGGUUGGUUUAUAGUGCUCACCGUUGUCUUAGUCCUUUCCAUAACCUGGAUCGGUUUGGCGACAAACCCAACGUCCAAUCUACAUAGGGCGUAAUUUACUCUCUCAACAAGUUUACUAUAUAUUAUUCGCACAUACCUAACUAUACUAUUUCCCCAACCUUCCCUUUAAUUCCACUUAGACAUACCCUGAACUCCUACGUCAGCCGCACCAUGCCUACCAUAAGAACACUCACAGAAGACGACAUAGAGUACUGGUCCGGCGACCGCCCCGACAAGGGCUACCUCUACCCGCUGCACGACGUGGGGCUCUCCGUCGCGCCCGUGAUCCUGCGCAUCAGCUGGGCGGAGGAGGCGCUGGCGAACGGGCACGACGUCAACCGGCUGCACAGCGCGAUGGGGCGCCCCUUGCACACGGCGAUUGAGAACCCGCAGCACAUGGACUGCCGCACCGGCGCGGUGCUGGACCACUACGAGAGCCUCGACCUCGUGCGCUGGCUGCUGGAGCGCGGCGCCGACCCCCGGCUCAGGGACACGCGCGGCAAGAGCGCGAUGGACCGCGCCUGGUGCCUCGCCAGGUACCGCAAGGAGCAGCGGGACCCGCUCGCGGGGUUCUGGGACCAGGCGCGCGCCAUGAUGGUCAGAGCUGCGAGGAAACUAGAAGGUUGGGUGCUGCUGGAUGCCGCGUGAUGCCUACAUACCGACUCCCACACGUUUGACCCCGCUUAUCCACCACUACCUACCAUCAUUGCCAUUACUAAUAUCAUUACCAUUACCAUUACCGUUUCCAUUUACCAUUAUACCGAAAUAACAGCUGGCUAACUUGUGCAUUCAUUGAUACAUAUCUAGCGAUCGAAGGGCGGCAAAACGGGCUCUGCUACCGCGUGCGAUGCUUCUUCGGCAUCGGGCGGGACCCCAAGGACAACAUGUGCGUGUUCUGCCGGCUCAAGUACUUCGGACACCAGGCGGGCAAGACGCGAACGGGGAAGCCGUGUGGGUAUUGCAAGGAGGAGAAGGCUCAUGGGUGGCAUUAUAAGCCCGUGGCCCCCCUUAGGGGUGGGAAGGGUAAUGGGAGUAAAAGGGGGAAACGACAGUAAGGGAUGGAUGACGGCGUGGUGUGUGAUAUUUGAUAUAGGGAUUAUGUAGGGAGGUAAGUAUCUGGGUAGAUGUGAUGAUAGGAUGAUAACG